CUGUAGGCAUUUGGGUUCAUCUAUUUGUUUUAAGCGCAAUUUCGACGUACACGUGAUGGGCACCCACGCAUGCCUUCGCAAUCAGUGGCUUUUGAAGUGGCCGGCACAGUAUUCGAAGUUGCCCCGUCCAAUCUUCGGCCCAAUUACUUUCCUAGGUCUAAGCUGAAUUUGGCGCUGGAUGCUCGUGAUGUUGACGACGAUCGGCCCAUAUCGAUUUCGGGUAAUCCACAUCUCUUCACUUACAUUCUUGACUUGCACCGCCAGUAUGGCUUCGUCGAAAUUCCCCCCACUGUAUCCAAGGAUGCGCUGAUGCAAGAGGGGCUUGCCUUGGGCUUGUCGAUGUCUAGAGAGCUCAUCGUUGAAGAAGGCGACACCUUUCGACAAAAGAUGGGUGUUGGGCGGUCCAUUGUAGCGGAGGACUAUUUCCAGGCAUGGACUGUUGACCAGGUCGCAGACUGGCUGCAGGGCGUGCAGCAAGGACGCUUCGCCAAAUAUGUCCCCCGCCUGCGCGAGCAAGGUGUGGAUGGCCUAGCGUUGGCGACGCUGGUUCCAGAGACGCUGAAGAUUCUGGGCGUCAUCGAGCCCAAGACCCGCGCCGCCCUUUUUGCCAGCAUCAGGCACGAGGCCGAGUGCCGCUCAGUGACAGAGGCAGCGCAGGGACAGGGUGGAACCAGCCUCGCGCCAGCGGAGGAAGAAGAGGGAGCGGAGGAGGGGAACGGCGAAACUGAGAAGAGGCGAGACGCGGCAGCACUGAUGCUUGGGGCCCUGUUUGGCGACGGCGGCACGUCCGAGCCGUUCACCGCGGGCAUCGCGCAGUGGCGCUCGGAGCAGGGGGCUGCGAUAUCGGGCCAGGAGGUCGCAGCAUCUCGUGGCGAUGCGGCCGAGGUUUCCGAGAAGGAGGCAGCAUGCACCACUGGGAUCCUCGUGGCUGCUCGGCUGCGCCCUGUGCUGGCAGGCGGUCCCGACGGUCCAGCCGUAAGCCUGGGAGAUUUCGAGGCUGUGACUGCUAUGCUGGGCACGGGCAGAGGCAUCGUCGUACACGAGUGCGGUUUGCAGCGCGACGGCAAAACCCCCAAGAUAGAGCACCGGUCCUUCCGCACGCACGAGGUGAUCGAUCCCACUCGCGACGAGAAGCGCGUCUUCGACAUUGCAGCUCCUCUGAUCGACGUUGCUGUGAAGGACUCCCUGCAUUCCACGAUUCUGUGCUACGGGCAGACUGGCUCAGGCAAGACGCACACAGUGGGGAACCUCUCAUGGCGGAUAUCUCGGCAUUUGUUCAGCGCUCACUCUGCGAAGCUCGUCGUCUUCGAAGCCUUCGAGCUCAAGGGUGGGGCCAAGGGCCUUUUGAAGCACGACUGCCACGUGAUCUCCUUGCAUACGGACUGUAAGCCAGAGUUGGCUCUGUUGGAAGGGGCGGACGGCGCCGUCCGUGUUGGUGGCAGCAAUGCGGUGGUCGCUGGCGAGGGGCAGCCCCUCAACGUUUCACACUGCAUGCUGGCAUCAAGCCCUGAAAUGCUGGAACAGUUUUUUCGAGAGGCGGCGGGCCGGCGCGCAAGCAGCGACACAGAGCGCAACGCAGCGAGCAGCCGUUCACACGCCUUCUAUCGCUUCUAUAUCGCCGAGGCAACGCGUUCAGAUUCGACGGUACUUGAGCUGCCAGAGGUCCUCGGCAAUGGCACCUGCGUCGAGCUCGUCGACUUGGCUGGCAGCGAGAGCAACAAGGACUGUCUUUACCACAACAAAUUGCAGAUCAAGGAGCGAGCCAACAUCAACGCCUCGCUUCAGGCGCUGAACUCUUGCAUCCAAAAAUCCGCGCAGGGUGCGAGCUACGUUCCUUUCCGCGCAGACAAACUGACGCAGCUUUUGCGCCCAUGCUUUGCCAAGAGAGACACAGCGAGCCGCGUGCCAACUGUCUUGUUCAUCGCUUGCCUUUCCCCUUUAGCGAGCGAUGCCCAGCAGUCGAUUCGUACCAUGACCUACACGCAGGAGCUGGCAGGUUUCAAGCCAAAGGCGACUCGCAAUGCGCAGCAGAUGAAGUUCAGGGAACCAUACGUGAAGCGCCUCGUCGCGGCUGUGCGAACAGGCGAGAUCGAGGAGCUUCGAGCGGCGAUCGCAGCAGCGCAGCGAGCGGGCGUCACUGGCCCCGAGCGUCGCCGUGCGGCCGAAGCAGUGCGGAUGCUAGAUGCCCGGGAGUCGGAAUGAGGCCUCAUCACUCGGGCGUCGCACGAGAGUUUGGACGACAUAUGCACAUCUAGCCGGUCAAGGAGUUGGGGUCUAACAA